AUGACGGACGCGACGACGGACGCGACCGCCGCGCCGCGGGACGCCGCGCCAAAGGGCGACGACGACGUCGUGAACAAGAAAACCGUCGACCAGACGACGAGAUCCGCAUCUUCCUCCCCCGCGGCGCCGACGACGCCGCCGCGCGAGCCGUCCUCGCCGCCGCCGCGCGCGGGCCUCGACGCGUUCAAGACCGCCGUCGAGCGCCGCGGCCGCGAGCUCCGUGCGGCCGUCGCCGCGUCCGUCGCGUCGACCGCCGUGAUGGGCCGCGGUCGUCGUCGUCAGAUCAGUCGCCCUCGCCUCGACACGUCGCACUGGGUCCCGGACGCGUCCGUCCGCGCGUGCGCGUCGCUCGCGUGCGCGACGCCGUUCACGCUGACGCGCCGGCGGCAUCACUGCCGCGGAUGCGGCGGCGUGUUCUGCGCGCGAUGCGUCGACGCGAGGCUGCUGUUCGACCCGCGGACGUCGCGGCCGACGCCCCGGGGGGACGUCGGCGCCGUCGAGGGAAGGGUAUGUCGCGCGUGUUACGAGCGCGCGUUCGACGAGCGCGUUGGGGCGCGGGGCGCGGGCGGGUGGGAAGACGCGACGGGGGUGGACGAGGAGGAGAGCGACGACGACGACGACGACGAGUUCCACGACGCCACGCCCGUCGCCGCGGACGACGACGACGACGACGACGACGACGACGUUCUUAAGGAACGGCGUUCACCACGCGAACGCGGUCGUAUGGAAACCAGUCACGACGACGUCGAGAGAAGAGAAGACGAGCGAAACCAAAACCGAGACGACGACGACGACGACGACGACGACGACGACGGCGACGCGCGCGAGCACGGGAUCGAUUCCGUGUACAAGUCCCCGCCGGUGAAGGUCCCGAGCUCGAGCGCGAAGACGCCCGGGAGCGUCGACGCGACGCCGCCGGCGAGCAGCUUCGAAGCCGCGCGCGCGAGGAUCGAGGCGUUUUCGAAAAAUCCAGACGGAGGCCCCGGGCCCGGGCCCGGACCCGCCGACGCCGCCGCGAAAGCGAAAGCGAGAGCGUCCUCCGACGCCGACGCGGAGCAGGUCGCGCGCGAGACGAGCGAGCUCUUGUGCGAUACCCCUCGCGCGAUGAAACGCGCGUCGCCCGGGACGAUGCGCGCGCUCAUCUCCCGGUACGCGCGGUUGCUGCGGGAGCAAGCGAGGCUCACGGAGGACGCUAGAGAGGUCGCGAAGACGGUGCGUGCUCGACCACAAAAUGAUUUCUUCUUCCACGUCAUCAAAUCUGUCGCAUACAUGUCACCAAAUCCUUCUUACAUGUCAUCGCAUCGGAUCACGCGCUGA